AUCAAUACUUGUAUGGACUUUUUAUUUUGUCCGCAAAAAUGUCCGGUGAUAGUCUUGUUUUAGAAACCGGAAGUGUGUGUUUUACGGGAAGAAAAUAAGAAUAAUGCACAAUUCAUAUUUUGUACUCUGGAUAUGGCUUAAGAAUGGCAACGCAACUUCUAGCAAUUCCGUCACGUUUACACGUUCUGUCAGCUAAACUUAAACGUGAUCGUGAUAUACAGACACAGAUAAAUGACAUAGCAAGAAAAGCCAGAACGGCUGCGGAGUCGUUCAAAUCAGCGAUUUCUGAAGAAGGAAGUGCAGUUUUACUACAGAAAACAUUGUUCAUUACAAGCUCAUCAAACGAUAUCAGUAUUGCAGAUAUGCAACGCGCAUUGAAUGCUGCAACAGAAGCGUUGACUGCAACAAGCGACCUUGUUGUCAGCCUACAAACAGACAUCCAUGACAGCAUUGAAAUUUGUAGAGGCCGAAAAGGUCAUUAUGAAUCAGAACUGGACGCUAUUCUAUCAAAACUUUCUAACAUGUGGGCUGAAAUUGAAAGUCUUGAGGUCAUUAUAACAAUGCAUGAGGAUGAAGCGACAUCAUUAGCUUUAGAGUCAGCGGAACUUCACGAAAGGGUGCACGAUGUGAAGAAAGCUGCUGAAGAGAAGAGAAAAGAUGUUGAAACAACUGGUAUAAUUGGCGGAAUUGUCGGACUUGUACUGGCCCCUUUUACAGGUGGAAUAAGUUUAGCUCUGGCCGGUGCAGCUACAGGUAUUAGUGCUGCAGUUAAUUUGCCAUGCGCUGAUACAUAUGAGAAAACUGCUUCUAUGCUACACAGUGACGCCGAGAGAAAAACAGUAAAGGCUGAAGAACUCAAGACUCAGAAAUCAGAGCUGAUGAAACAAAAGUUUUCUCUUGAAUCUGAAAUGGGACCAGUUCAGUCCAGAACAGAAAAUCUAACAGAGGCAUCUAAUGUCCUUCAGCAAGUGACCAGCUUCCUGCUCCCAACAAUCCAUGCCAUUGAUGUACUUCUGCAUGCUUUCCAGGACAUGAAUGCAGCUAUUAAGGACGCAUCACUACAAAACAACUCGUUUGAAAUGAUAAGAUUUGCGUUUUCAAGCACACCUAAGCGCACUGAGGGCCGUUCAUCUUCGUACCUCGAUCGGCUUAUGGAAAAAUGGGAACAGUUGGAAGGAAUAUUGCUACAACAUGGAGCCCAGAAUUUUCUGUUGAAGAAAUAAGUAAUCUUUAUGGUCAUCAGUGGAUGGUGUUUGUUGAGUGCAUCGUCAAAAUUGAUGUCUUUUGGAUAUAAUCAAAAGAGCAUCUGCUAUUUUCUAUAUGCGCGUAACAAUUACUUUAGGUAGAGUUUAGAAAAGUUAAACCGGUUGCGUAAAAAGCCUGGUCGAUAGAAAGAAACAAAGUUAAAAAGAAUUCAAGACAAUAUGUCAAAUUUUCUGUCCAAAUCAUAGAGCAUAAUGUCUUUGACACCAUUUCUUCGUUUUAGGAAUAAGACCACAAAGACAUACUUCAAUACUUCUGAAAUAGAUACAGCCUAUUGCAGUGACUUUUGUUAUAUGUAGAGAACUGCCCCUCUAACUAUCUUUCCAAUGUAUACCGUUGGAAAAUUCAGGAACAAAUGCAGAAAUUAGCACUGCUAUAUCGUGUUUUCAGCUACUGUAAAAGCUUUUAUUUUCGCUGGGUCAACUCGUCGCGAGUUUGACAUUUUUAGUGUGUUAGCGAGGUUUAGUAUUCGCGAAAUUGUGAAAAUGGUUUCAUACUUGAAUUUGAAUUAUAGUCAUAGUGAAAAUUUACGAGGAUUAAUUUCCGCAAGAUGUAGAGCUUCGCAUAUAUAUAUAGCGAAAAUUAAACCCCUGCAAAAUUUCUGCUUUUACAGUACUUACACACAAAAAAGAAACGGUUCUAUCUAUUAUAAUUUUCUUUAUUUUAAAAAAGUCUCUAUUUUUUUGCCAGUUUUGCAAGACCGGAGUAUCAAAACACUAUUCCUUGAUAUGAUAAUGUGUUUCUAUGUCAAAAUGUUGAAAUAUUCUAUUGCUACUUAAUACAACGAAAAAAAAACCCACAAAAUCUUAGUAUAUUUAUUAUAUGAGCCGAGCCAUGAGAAAACCAACAUAGUGGCUUUGCGACAAGCAUGGAUCCAGACCAGCCUGCGCAUCCGCGCAGUCUGAUCAGGAUCCAUGCUGUUCGCUUUCAAAAGCCUUUUGCAAUAAGAGAAACCAUUGACGAACAGCAAGGAUCCUGACCAGAUGGCGUCUGCUAGAUAAACUAUAUACACAUCCAGUCAUUUCAUUUACACAAAGUUUAAGUAAGUCCUCGAACGAAGCGUAAUUGCAUUCUCUCCGUCAUUGUUUAAUUAAAUUUAGAAUCUAAAUUUUCGACCAUGAUUUCAAACUCUGAUAUACACAUUCCUCUUACCCAAAGUCGAAACAAAACAAAUUUAAAGUAAUUCUCAUGUUUCUAAAAAGAUCAUGUGAUGCUUUUUUCAUUUUAUUAUAAAAUGUACUUUACCUUAGUAAACACUUGAUUGUAAAUACUGAUGACAUUCAAAUAAAAACUAAACAACUGAA